AUGGCUUCAAAGGGUACAUCAUAUCCCUUUCAAUUUUCUCAUCCCACCAAAGAUAACUACGAGAAUUGGGCAAUUAAAAUGAAGGCAAUUCUUGGCUCUCAAGAAGCAUGGGAGAUUGUUGACCAAGGCUUUGUUGUACCUGAAACUGAAGUGGAGUUGGAUCAAGCACAAAAGAUGAAAGCCACCAAGAUCGUGUCAGAUUAUUUCUCACGUGUCUUAGUGGUUGUGAAUCACAUGAAGAGACUCAGUGAAGAUAUUCAAGAUGUUCAUGUUGUAGAGAAGAUUAUUCGCUCGCUCAAUUCAAAGUUUGAGCAUAUUAUUGUUGCCAUUGAAGAGUCCAAGGAUUUGGAUGCCAUAUCCAUUGAUCAAUUGAAUAGGUCUCUAUGUGCUCAUGAAGAAAGGUUGAACAAAGGCAAGCAAGAUGGCGUGGAGCAAGUCUUGCAAGCAAAGCUCUCUCUCAAAGCCAAAAGAGAUGAUUGUGACAAAGGAGCAAGGAGCCAAUCCUAUGGAAGAGGUCAUGGUCAUGGCCAUGGCCGUAACUACAGAAGAGGAAGAGAUAAGCAAAACUCUUCCUACCAAAGCCAAAAUUCCUCUAAAGGCCAUGGUAGAGGAAGAGGCAGAGGAAGCUAUGGUGGGAGCCAUAAAAUGAGACUUGACAAGUCUCUUAUUGAGUGCUAUUCUUGUGGCAAAGUUGGGCACUUCUCUUGGGAGUUUCAUGGCAAAAAGAUUGAUGAGAAAACAAAUCUAGUGGAGAAUAAAGAAGAUAUAGAGGAACGAGCCCUAUUACUUGCUAUCAAGGAAGAAGACAAAGCUAAUGGAAGCAUGUGGUACCUUGACAAUAGUGCAAGUAAUCACAUGACCGGUGUAGAUUGCAACUACAAUGGCUAUGUCAUUUUUGGAGACUCUUCUAAAGUGAAAAUUGUAGGCAAAGAUACUAUUUUAAUCAAUUAA